AUGACAGACCGGGACCUCAUGCUGUACUAUUUCAUUUUGCUCCUUGCACCCACACCUGUCCUGGGUCUACGAGAGGAUAACCUGUUUGCUACCGACACGAAUGACCUUCUGCGCAAUGUAUCCGCAGAACACUUCGAGGCUGGGGCUCUACCAGCUAUAUCGGAGGCUGCUGUCCGACCGGCACUCUCUGUUGUCAAUAUGGUUUCUGCCUGCGGCCCGGUUACACAUGCUGCCCUAGACAGCCUUGCCCACCGAACACGGUCUGCUGUGCUGGAGAAUGCCACCCUAAAGGUGGCCAAUGCUGUGACAACGGUCGCUGCUGUAGUGCCGGGAGCCACUGUGGAAAGAGCCAGUGGCAGGUCACGGUAUGCUACCGGGAUCUCACCGAUGAAGAAGUGA